UUACAAUAUUGCCAUGGAAGUUUGGACCAGAUUUCUAUAAGAUUUCAAGGCGCUUUUUACCGGUUGUGGAGCUAAAGUCUAAAUCACAUUAUUAUUGUAGUGUACUGUAAUUUUUCUUUUCUCUAAAGAAAGACUAAAACAAAGACAUUUUAAAGAUAAUAAGUCAAAUAAAAAUAGAUUUUAUACUUUAUGUACAGCUUAGCUAGGUCUUUUGGAUUUAUUAUAUAUGUUUCUUAUUUUUUCACGAGGCUUUUUCUUUUAACUUUGCAUGAUCUCACAAAUUUUACCAUUCAUAUAUCCCAAAAAGAAGAAAAAAGUUACCAUGCACUCACCCAAGUGUGCAAGAAAAAGAAAACGUUUUAAAGUCACAAUGUGUUAGUGUGUUACCUUCAUUGAUAAUUUGCUUGUUUGCCUUAACUAGUCCAGCAUGUUUAAUAAUAUAAGUAACUAAAACGUUCACGCAAAUAUAUUAAAAAGGAAAAAGAAAACACAGUCCAUUCAUCUGUUACUCCAAAGGUUAAUAUUUUCACACCAUCACAGGUCACAAGUAACCUCUCAAGUCAAAAAAGCAUUUUAAAGACAAAGAUAAUUGCGGCUUAAGUGCUAUAGCUUUCUAUUCCAUUACUUCUCUCUUUAUUUAACACCUUCACCUCCUCUCUUUCUUUAUUCUAUCCCUCUCUCCCUCAUAAAAUGUCUAAAAUAUCUGAAACUUCUCCAAAACAUUGCGCCAAGAAAGGAGGGAUUAACAUCAACAACCGUCGCAAGAAACUAUUCUUCACGUUCUCUACUUUCUUCAGCGGCCUUCUCCUCAUCAUCUUCCUCAUCUGGCUCAUCCUCCAUCCCGCGAAACCCGAGUUCUCCCUCACGGAAGCCGAUAUCUACACCCUCAAUGUCUCCUCCUCCACCACUCAUCCCCUUAACUCCUCAAUCCAGCUCACUAUCUUCUCCAAAAACCCUAACAAAAAAGUAGGAAUAUACUACGACAAGCUACUCGUAUACGCAGCAUAUAGAGGACAACAAAUAACAUCAGAGGCUUCUCUACCGCCUUUCUAUCAAUCUCAUGAGGAAAUCAAUCUUUUAACAGCGUUUCUCCAAGGGACUGAGCUUCCGGUUGCUCAGUCCUUUGGUUAUCAAAUGGUUCGUGAUCGGUCAGCCGGUAGAGUAAUCAUCGGUAUGAAGAUGGACGGGAAGCUAAGGUGGAAGAUUGGGACAUUUGUCUCUGGCGCAUACCGGUUUAAUGUGAAUUGUGUUGCACUAGUGGCUUUUGGACCGAACAUGACCACUUCUCCAUUAGGUUCAAUACAGGGGACUCGUUGCUCUACAGAUAUAUGAGAUCUAUAUUGAAUAAUCAACCAUAGAUAUACACUAUAGUUUCUUUCACUGUAUUUUGAUGAUAUUUUUGUGCUGGUCAUUAGUACUACUUGUAAAGAUAUAUUAAACUGUUUAUCUAUAAUUAUAUAAACUAUACUCUUUUGAUGAGUA